AUGAUCACAUAUGCUGAGCUGCGCGUGAAGCCGAAACCCAAAGAGAGCUGCAGAUCAGAGACUUCCGCUUCUGGCUCCCAACAUAGGCACUCAGCUGGGUUCUACGUGGCGCUGGUCCUGGGAGUCCUUGUGCUCGUCCUGCUAGGUGUCAUAGCCGUACUAACCAAGCAACUUUUGAAGGGCAGAGCAGGAAAAUCAGAAAGUUUGCCCCAGUGUGGUCUAAAUAGCACUGGCAAUAAUAUUUCUUCAGAGAAGACUGUCUCGGUGGUGCUCCUGAAAUGGCUCAUGGAGGAACUGUGUGAAGAUGGACAGGGAGCAACAUGCAAGCUGUGUCCUCCUGGGUGGCAACUGCACAGGGGGAGAUGUUACUACUUCUCCAAGGAGGCUGUAAGCUGGGAAGACAGCCAGAGAAACUGUCUGGCCAGGAAAUCCCAGCUUCUUGUCAUUGAAGAUGAAAUUGAGAUGGAAUUUAUAGACAAUGUAGAGAAAGAUACCAAAUAUAUCUGGAUUGGGUUGAAGAAUCAAGACACGAAGAAACAAUGGAGUUCAGCUGAAGAUUAUGGAGUAAAAGAAAACAGGAUAGCUAUUAAUAGAAUGGAGACUGACAAGAACUGUGCUGUAUACAGAAGAAAAAACAUGAUCCAAGCAGAUAACUGCCAGACUUUCAAGAAGUGGAUCU